CAUGGUGGAGUCCUCAAUCCAGCCUAAUCUCCUGCCACUCUCAAGCACUCCCCGUGCAGCAGGCCUGAUGUGUAGGCUGCCAUGGCAAGGCUACAUCCAUGCAUUCGGUGAUUGUCUGAUCUACCAUGUGAUUUGCGGUUCAUGCGAAGUCAUGAAAUCUGGUCCGGAUAGUGACAUGAUUUACUCUGUUUGAUCAAACAGAGAGCGGGAUGAAGAGGAAGAGAGGCGAGCCUGAGCUGGAGUACGGGGCCUCGUCCGGGGUGGAUGAGAGGUCCAACGAGAGCAGCGACAAGAUGCAGGGCCAGCUCCUAGCCGCUGCGCGCGGCGCCGACGGGGGCAAUGCCAAGUUCGCGUGGUAUGGCGCUCCAUCGGUGGAUGUGGCCGCGGCGGCGGUGGAGCACUGGUUCGGCAGGAUGAACAACCGGGUCCUUUUCCAUCGCGCGCACGGCGACGACGUCCACCUCUCGCCGCCUCGGUCUCCUUAUGCCAGCGCAAUGCUAGCAAAUGAAGAUGAGAACGGCGAGGCGCAUAUCAUGCUGUGCCGUGUUCUGUUGGGCCGGCCAGAGGCCAUCCCGGCCGGGUCCUCCAAGCUCCACCCCAGCAGUGACAAUUACGACAGUGCCAUCGACAACAUGCAGAACCCACAGUGGUAUGUUGUUUGGUGCAAGGACAUGAACAUGAGGAUCCUCCCAGAGUACGUCGUCAGCUUCAAGUGUCCCAACCUCCAUCAGAUGCAAGGAUCAUCGGGAGCGAACUCCACGCUAAAGAAGCCUUCGCCGGUGGCUCAUGACAUGUUUCCGACGCUUCUAGCAGAGAUCCAGUGGUUCAUGCCAUCUUCCAAGCUGCAGACAUUGCAGGGGACCUACAAUUGCUUCAAGCCAGCUGCAAUGAAGUCCUCCAUAGAGAAGGGUUUGCAGAAAAUGUUCUUGGCAUCCCAGAUAAGCAGGUCGGGGUCAAAGCCAGUGCCCGGGGGAUUUCAAUGGAUCACCAACACGAGAAACUGA